CUCUCUCUCUCUCUCUCUCUCUUUCUCACUCUCCCCGAAGAGAAGCUGGCGGGCGCUGGCUUCAAGAGAAGGCGGCUGAGGCUGGCCUGACAGAUUCAAGUGAUAAAAGAAGAAGAGAAACCAAGUAGUAAAUAAAAGAGGAGGAGAUGAGACUUGGGCUGUACUGACUUAUUCUACCAGUAUAUUUAAAAAAGAUUUCACUAUUUCACACAACUACUUCCAGAAAUCUCUUUUGAUAUUAAUUAAGUACAGAACAUUGAGAUUGUACAAUAACAGUGAAAAUUUCCUAAUGUAUUUUGGAAUAAAAAUGGAGAAAGGCAGCAGCAUUCCUGAGAGCAGAAUUCACCUGCUUCUCUUUCUAUGCCAGAUUAUUACUGCAUUGGAUGUACCUCUUGACCCAAAACUUCUUGAAGAAUUGCCACAGCCGCCAACAAUAACUCAACAGUCACCAAAAGAUUAUAUCAUUGACCCAAGAGAGAAUAUUGUAAUACAGUGUGAAGCAAAAGGAAAACCACCUCCAAGUUUCUCAUGGACCCGUAAUGGAACUCAUUUCGACAUAGAUAAAGAUGCACGGGUAAGAAUGAAGCCACACUCAGGAACUCUUAUAAUAAAUAUUAUUAAUGAAGAAAAUGGAGGAAAGGCAGAAUCAUAUGAAGGAGUUUAUCAGUGCACGUCAAGGAAUGAGCUAGGAGCAGCCAUUUCCAAUAACAUUGUCAUACGAUCAUCCAGAUCCCCUUUAUGGACUAAAGAAAAACUAGUUCCAAAAGUAGUAACUGAAGGUCAAUAUGCAAUACUUCCCUGCAGGCCACCAGUGGGAUUACCACCACCUAUAAUAUUUUGGAUGGAUAACUCUUUUCAAAAGCUUCCUCAAAAUGAGAGGGUUUCUCAGAGUCUAAAUGGAGACCUUUAUUUUUCUAAUGUAAUACCAGAAGAUACCCGUGAAGAUUAUAUAUGCUAUGCAAGAUUUAACCAUACACAAACUAUACAGCAGAAGCAACCCAUUUCUUUAAAAGUUGAGCCAGUGGAUUCAUUGAAUGAAACUAUAGCUGCUAAUAUGAAUGACACUGAUUUUUAUGGUGCCAGGUUAUAUCAAGAAAGAAGGCCAACAAUUCUAACACCAACUGGAAGCACAAGUAGCAAAACAGAGCUAAGAGGAAACACCCUUCUGUUGGAGUGCAUUGCAGAAGGACUACCUACACCAGUUAUCCGCUGGAUUAAAGAAGGUGGUGAGCUUCCUGUCAACAGAAGAUUCUUUGAAAAUUUUAAUAAAACCCUCAAAAUCAUAGAUAUUUCUGAAGCUGAUUCUGGAAAAUAUAAAUGUAUGGCAACUAAUCCAAUGGGUUCUGCUCACCAUGUCAUAACAGUCACUGUGAAAGCUGCACCUUACUGGAUAAGAGAACCUACCAACCUUGUAUUAUCUCCUGGAGAAGAUGGUUCCUUGAUCUGCCGAGCAAAUGGCAAACCCAAACCCAACAUAAGCUGGUUAGCAAAUGGAGUACCCAUUGCAAUUGCUCCUGAAGAGCCUAGCAGAAAAGUGGAUGGUGAUACAAUUAUUUUUACUGAUGUGCAAGAAAGGUCAAGUGCAGUUUAUCAGUGUAAUGCAUCUAAUGAAUAUGGAUAUCUGCUGGCAAAUGCAUUUGUGAAUAUUUUAGCUGAGCCUCCAAGAAUCCUUACUCCUCCAAAUACACUUUACCAAGUCAUUGCAAAUAAACCAGCUCUGCUAGACUGUACUUUUUUUGGUUCACCUGUGCCUGAAAUCGAAUGGUUUAAAGGAGUGAAAGGUAGUGUUCUCCAGGGAAAUCAGUAUAUUUUCCAUAAGAAUGGAACACUGGAAAUUCCUGUAGCCGAGAAAGAUAGUGGUGGCACAUAUACCUGUGUAGCAAGAAAUAAAUUGGGAAAGGUUCAAAAUGAUGUUCAAUUAGAAAUCAAGGAGCCAACAGUGAUUAUUAAGGAGCCUGAACACAAAAUUGUACAAAGGACCGGACAGGUUUCCUUUGAAUGUAUAAUUAAACAUGAUAGUACCUUAAUAUCCACAGUUACAUGGUUAAAGGACAAUAAUGAAUUACCAAAUGAUGAAAGGUUUAUUGUUGGUAAAAACAACUUGACCAUUAUGAAUGUCACAGAUAAAGAUGGUGGUGAAUAUACUUGCAUAGCUAAUACUACUCUGGACAGUGUAUCUGCAAGUGCUGAGCUCAUAGUUGUUGCUCCUCCAACAGCUCCACCUGUUGUUUACGAUCGUCCUGAUCCACCUUUUGAUUUGGAAUUAACAGAUCAUCUAGAAAGAAAUGUUCAGCUCACCUGGAUCCCGGGCAAUGACAAUAAUAGUCCUAUUACAAAGUUUAUCAUUGAAUAUGAAGAUGCUAUGCGUGAACCAGGGAUGUGGAACUACCAGACAGAAGUCCCUGGAAUCCUCACAACUGUACAGUUGAAAUUGUCACCAUAUGUUAAUUAUUCAUUUCGUGUAAUAGCUCUCAAUGAUAUUGGAAGGAGCCAGCCAAGUGAAGCUUCUGAACAAUAUUUUACAAAAGCAGCAAAGCCUGAUGACAAUCCUACUGACAUUCAAGGGAUUGGAUCAGAACCUGAUAAUUUGGUGAUCAUGUGGGAGCCUUUAAAUAAUUUUCAGUCCAAUGGCCCAGGUCUUCGGUACAAAGUCAGUUGGCGGCAGAAGGAUGGUGAUGAUGAAUGGACAUCUGUUACAGUUGCAAAUGUAUCUAAGUACAUUGUUUCUGGUACACCAACCUUUACUCCGUAUGAGAUAAAAGUGCAGGCAUUGAAUGAUCUGGGACCUGCCCCUGAGCCUGCAACAGCAAUUGGACAUUCUGGGGAAGACUUGCCAAUGGUUGCACCAGGAAAUUUGCAGGUACAAGUUGUGAACAGUACAUUAGCAAAGGUUCAGUGGGAUCCAGUACCUCAAAAGUACAUCCGAGGUCAUCUUCAGGGAUACAAAAUUUACUAUUGGAAGGUGAAAAGUUUAUCUGGAAAAAUUAAGAGGCAUAUAGAAAAAAAGAUGUUGACGUUUAAUGGAAACAAGACACAUGGAAUGGUGCCAGGACUGGAGCCUUAUAGCUCUUAUAAACUGAAUGUCAGAGUGCUUAAUGGGAAAGGAGAAGGACCACCAACUCCUGAUGAAACAUUUAAAACUCCUGAAGGAGUUCCCAGUACACCCUCCUACUUGAAGAUUACUAAUCCAAAUCUGGAUUCUCUCACUCUGGAAUGGGGCCCACCUUCGCAUCCAAAUGGUGUUUUAGUAGGGUAUACCCUAAAGUUUCAACCAAUAAAUAGCACACAUGACUUAGGCCACUUGGAAGAGAUCAGUAUUCCACCUAAUGAGACCAGCUUGACAUUAAGCAACUUAAAUUAUAGCACUCGAUACAAGUUUUACCUCUGCGCACAAACAUCAGUUGGAUCUGGAAAUCAAAUAACAGAGGAGGCAGUAACAGUAAUGGAUGAAGGUAAGAUGGGAUAUUCAGAGAACCUUUUUGAAACCUCCCCUGUCAUGCACACUGUACCUUCAACAUUUUAUAAGGUGCAACCAGUCUAUCCAAGGAUCAAAAAUGUUACGGCAGCUGCUGCUGAGAUCUAUGCCAAUAUCACUUGGGAAUAUGAGGGUCCAGUUCAUGAAAACACUUAUAUUGAAUAUGGUGUGGCAGGCAGCAAAGAAGAGCUGAAAAAAGAACAUAUUAAUGGUUCCAGGAACUUCUUUAUGUUAAAAGGAUUAACACCAGGAACAUCAUAUAAAGUCCGGGUUGGUGCUGAGGGUCUUUCUGGUGUUAAAAGUUCAGAGACUGUGUUUGAGACAGGUCCAGCAAAGGCAAGUCGGCAGGUUGACAUUGCCACUCAAGGAUGGUUCAUUGGUCUUAUGUGUGCAGUUGCCCUUCUCAUCUUGAUUUUGCUGAUUGUUUGUUUCAUACGGAGAAACAAAGGAGGAAAAUAUCCAGUGAAAGAAAAGGAAGAUGCUCAUGGUGAUCCAGAAAUUCAGCCCAUGAAAGAAGAUGAUGGAACACUUGGUGAAUACAGGUCCAUGUCUCCGUGGACAAUAAAGAAAAUGGACAAAGGAAGAAAGAGAAAAUGUAGAGAUGUCACCAUAUUUCCCGAAACAGGCCCUGUCUUUACCAAAGCAGUGUCUGUGCGGUCUGAGAGAUCCAACCUAUCCAGAAGGUCAGGAAAUCAAUCCUCCAGCACCAUCUCAAAGACCUCUUGUAGGGAAGGCAGGCAGUCUUCAGAGCACUUAAAGGUUAAAUCCAUUUCCCACUCACUUUGUCCGAGAAAAAAUAUGUCGACUGAAUGGCAGUCUGAGGGUGCUUCUAGAUAUGACAUUCUCCAACAACGGAUAACACAACUGGAUGAAGGGUCAGAUUCUCAGGUAGGAGAGUGUUCCCCAUAUCAGCAAGGGUCUACCAAAACCCUAUCCUCUCUACAACAGUGGUUCAACCACACAGUAGACCUCAGCUCAGAUUCAGAAGACAACCACAGACCCCAUAUUAAGAAGGUAAGACCUUCUGCUGCUGCUGAUGGUAGUACUGAUUGCUCAAACGCUGACAAAGAUUUGGUAACAAGGUCUAUUACAUUGCCUGGAAUUAUUACCAUUUUGAAGGAUGCCCAGGCUGUGACUAAAGGUUCUGUGGCUUCCACUGCACAAGAUGGACCUUCUCUAGUAAUAGGUUCUGAGGCAUUAGAAACAGCAGUUAUGCCUGAAAUAAGUAGGCAACAGUCACAGAUUUCAUUAUCUGAGGCAAUAGAUAUUUUGAAAGAACUUGCAGCUUCUAAAGAAAAGAAAUCUGAGUUUCAGAAAGAUUUGCUGGCUGGAACACCUUCUGAAAAUAGGUUUUCCUUGCCAUUGAAAAUAGAGGAGGACAUUGAUCCUGUACAUACAUUUCAAAUGGAAAAUCAAAAUGACUUAUUUAAGCAUAUUCAGAAAGAGCUAAGGUUAAAACAAAAUAAAUUUAGACAGUUGUCAGAUGAGGACAUGAUAGCUUGCUCCCUUCCUGUCCAUUUAGCAGUUAAAAAGCUAGUAUAUAAAAUCUGGAACAAACCCAAUGUAAAACAUGUAGCUCCAGCACGAAUGCAUAAACUGUACCCUCCUCCAAUGGAUAAAACCUCAUUUUGGAGGACUAUACCCAAAGUAGAUACUGCAGUUGUCAGGGGAAAUGCUAAAUCAUGUAUCUCUGGCAUUGAAGGUCCUGUCCCCAAACAUCCAAUUGAUAGAAAAAUUGAGGCUGCACUCAAGCGAUCAUUCAGUUUAGCUGCAACCCAGCUUAGAAUCUCCCUAUAUUCUGCCUAUGCUUCUUAUGCUUUAUUAGCCUGGCUGGAAAAGGAGAAACUACUAAGAGGAGAUAAAACGAGCUUAUCUUCAAGCAAGAGGAGAACACAAGUUCUGUGUAGAACUGCAACUAAUUUUAUCUGUGAUGCAGCUCAGGACUCUCUUAUUCUCACAGUUAAAAACAUAGCAUGCCUCAUAGUAGCAAGGCGAGCUCUGUGGUUACAUAGUUGGCCACUAGAUCUAGGUAUGAAAAAUAAGCUGUUAUCCUUGCCUUAUUCUGGUGAAACUUUAUUUGGGGACUGUUUGGAAAAGGUUUUCAAAGAUUUUGUUCAAAAGAAAUCCCCACAUCAGUGGAAAAGGAAAAAACACAGUUCAAGCUGUUUUCUUCACUAUCCGCGCAGGUCACUCAUUUCCUAUCAGUUCUCAUCUAGAUUUAGAAGAGGGAGAAUUUUGCAGUCCUUAUAUAGCAACCAUAUGAAAAGGUGUGGGAUUCAAAGAAAUCACAAAUGUAUCAGUAAAAGCCUUUGACUUAAAUGUUCCAAGGAAGUAAAGUAUCUGCCAUGUUCUUUUAUACCUUCAGUAGUGAAAACUUGAUUGUUAUGGGAUCUCUUUUUUAUGGUUCUUAUCUUGAAAAAUUUUAAAUACAGGACCAAUUUGGAAGGGCCCCUCGCAUGUGCCUGAAUUGUUAUCCAUGCUGGACACAUUUAAUUCCAAAUGAACAAAAGAAUGUAGGUGUCUCAACUGUAGUUUGGACUUAAAAGCAAUCUAGAGUGCUUAUACAAUAUAACCAUAAUAUUAGAACAUGAGAACAUGCAUUGAAGACGUAUAGGUUCAGGAUAAAUAAAAGGAAGGAUAUUGUCACACAGUGCCUAGUUAAACUAUGCUAGAUGCAAUGAGGGCCACCAUCUUGGGUGGAUUUAAAGGAAGAUUAGACAGAUUAAUGGAAGCUAAGAAUAUCAUGGCUACUAUUUAUUUAACCAUAUAUUAUCUCUGGUUUCAGAGGCACUAAAUCUUUGUAUCUUAGUUUGCUGAGGAACCUAAAAGAAAAGAUGCUGUUGCACUAAUUACUUCCUUAUGGGUUUACUAUAGGCAUUUGAUUGGUUAAGAGCUGAAUGCUGAGCUAGAUUGAGCUAAUUUCUGAUUUUAGUAAUGUAACUAAAGGUUUCACUAAAGUGACUUUCCAAGCCUGAAACCUUCUCAUAGAUCUCUACAUAUAAAUGGAUUUUUUCCCCUCUGACUGACUUGCUCUGGCAUUUAAGGGCAUGGGAGAUUCUAGGUCUUAGAGAGUUAAGUCAAGAGAAUUCAGUAUUUUAAUCUCUGAUUCAUGUCUCUUAGGGCUACUUCCUAUCUUCUACCAGUAGUAUAGAAACUUGUGCAGUAUAAUAACUUCUAUAUAUUUUUAAAUUGUUACAUUUUCCACCCAGCCAACUCAAUGUGUCAUACCCAUGCAGGAAUACUAAUGUGGAAAGUUGCCAGCUGAACUCUGUGAGACUUAUUUCUGAGUAGGCUGGUAUAGGUUUAUUUGCUUCAUAUUUAUUGAUUACUAUAUAGCCAGUACCCUACAGCACAGGUCUUGUACCUGCCACUCAGGUUGUAUUAGACUGCACUCACCCUUGAUGUCACAUAGGAAAGGAGUGACCAACCUACCUUCCAUUCCAGUACUGGCUGUCUCCAUAGCAGUAACAAUUCCAUGAAUUUAAUUCUCGAUAGCCAAAUCAGAAGAUUUAUUUCCAGGAAGAAUUGUUUAAAGCAGAAAACAAUGAUGAGACAAGAUCCACAUCCUAUAGGAUGGUCCACUGUUUAUUUUUAUUUUUAUUAUUUAUAUGAAUAAUUGUAUUUGUUUCUAGCCACUGCAAAUCCAUUUUCUCAUUGUGGCUGAAAUGUGUUGGGCUUUUUAAACACUGAAUAAGCAGUUGACUAUCCUAGAGCAUGUGGAGCUUGUUUCCUCACUGUUUUCUGCAUUAUUUAUUUUAUACGACCUCAAUACACUUCUAAAGUGUAAAGCUUUUGCUAAUUUGAUCCACUAUUCAACCGAGGAGUCUCUUAGAUUCACAGUUUAAAAUGGUGGGCAAAGUUCAGCCCAAAUGUUGAAAGCAGCCCUCAGGGUUCCAACCCCUCUCCUUUUUAAAUGUGAUUUUUCACUGCAAAUCCAGCACAACAUGGAUCAAAACCUUUGGAGGAAAAUGGUUUUGGGGUCCCCUUUUCCCCCCCAUUGGUCAAAAAUAAAACCAGAAAUGUCAAUGGCAUCAAUCCUGGACCCAAUGGGCAUGCUGGGCUGCAGCUCACCAACACCAAAAAAUGCCCCCACCCUCUCUACAGUUUCCUACCCCUGGUUUAAGACACAGCAUGCUUGCAAUAUCUACAAGGCAACAGCCUUCCUCCAUUCCAAAUAAAUGGAAAUCUACCAUUUACAUUGUUUUCCAACUAGGUGAAAGUGUUUGUAAAAGUAUUAUUAAUAGUUUCUCUCUGUGUGUCUGUCUCUCACUCUCGUUACUAAUAAAGAGAGUAAAUUUGGUAUCUUUUGGGCCCAACUGUGUAAAAAUUAAUGAAAUUGCUUCAGGUUCUUACACUGGACAGAUACAAAAUGUAUAGGACUACAAUUUUUUAAAAAAGAAAAAAAAAUGUAUCCUAAAAGACAAGAAAUAUUUGUGGAAAAGUUUUAAUUCAUGAUUGGGGAAAUAUAUAUCUCAUAUUCUAAAAAAUGUAGAUAUUAAAUAGUUGGGGGUGGGGAACAUGAAAUGCUUCAGUGGGCCUUUCUUAUGGCCUUCAUGUUAGUUGUGCCUUCUGACCUUUCAGUCUAAAGUGCUUUCCCUUUCAAAUUCAACAGACAUUCACCUCUUUCUGGUUCCAAUGCAAAAGUGAUACAUUUUGUCAAUUGAAUGUAUUAUUAUUUUGAAUUGUUUGGUGUGUCAUCUCAGGAAGAAUGUAACACAUAUUGAGUUGUGUUGGUGGCUGGACUGCAUAGUGGGUGCCCAUGUGUACACGCAUGCUCACAGAAAGACACUCACACUCACACACUUCUACAGUUUUACUGGUUAUUGCAUCUGCCUGCCCCUGAAGUAAAAAAGAUUAUCAAAAGGUAAUACAAUGUAAUUGGAAGAUGUGGUGAAGUUUGCUAUGAAUGUGUAAAAGCUGUAUUCCUUGCAUUUUGUUUAUUUAUACUGUGUAUUAUGGAAUUGUUUCAGUUCAUGUAAUCUCUCACAGUCACCUUCUCACUUCGUCAUGUAUUUCAUCCUAUCAUUUUCAUGUUUGCUAUUUGUUUCAUAAAACCAUAUAAUAAAGAAAAUAUUGAGCAUAGGACAAGAUUUUAAAAUAGCUGAAUUCAUUAUUAAGGACUCCGUACUAUAACUUGAAUUUGUAUAGCAAGUGGUUCCCUAUAUUAAUUGUUGAAGUUUUGAAAUAUAUUUUACAGUCAACAUGUUGAUUACAAUUUUAAAAGUUUAAGGAUGUAAGUAUUCUUUUGUAUAGAAAAUAAUUUAGGAAAUGAUUUUAGUUAAAUAUUUUUGAUUUGCUGUUGUAUUUUGGAAUAAGUUGCAAAUCUGCAUAAGGAGACAGUACAAACAUUUGUUGUAAUGUAUUAAAUUGUUUGACAUUAGAAAUAAUGUUAAUGUAAACCAUUAAAAACCAUUUUGAAGUUCCCAUUGAGAGAAUCACUCUAUCUUCUACAGUCUGUGUUUUAGCAACAGAUUAAGAAUUCUUCAGUGACACUCCUAACACUUUGAGGUUUCCCAGGAUGUAUCUGCAGACAUAUUCUUUAUAUUUUUAAUACACCUUAAUUUGUCAACAGCUUCUGAUGUGAAGAGUCAAACAAUUCACCAAUUUGAGAGCAGAAUAUUCUUUUGGACAUUUCAUGUUACCAGAUGGACAGUUAGGGUGGCCAGAGGUUACCUUGUCAGCGAUGCAGCGAAUGUGCUCUGGCUUUAUUCCAGACUUUCAGUCCCCAAAUUGGUUCAGUACAUUGGACAGUUUUUUGAAAGUAUGGAAUAAAACCCAGCACAGAUUCCACACCACAAACAUGGAACUCACUGGUUCUCCUUGCAGAAAAAUGAGAUUUAUCCUACCUGGAAUGGAUCACUGUCCAUUCAAGGUGAAAUCUUGCUCCUUUCUUUGAAAUAUUUUAUAGGCAAGCAUUACUUAACCACAGAAACAAUGGACUGACCUGUCAUGCCUGCAUGUGUUACAUCAUUUUCUUGUUUUUGUCUGCGUCUUGGUAAAAGGUGAUUCACAAUUCUUUCAUCAGUCCACAAACAUCUUUAAAUUGUGUAAUAGACAAGUUAGGAAAUUUUUCUAAGCAUUUGGAAAGUCUCAGCUGGAAUGGAGUUUUAAAAGGCCUUAAGAAUCAAGGAUGUAUCUUGAACUAAUAAUGAAUAAAUUAAUCUUGGUAAUUUCAGUGUAUUUAAUUAUAUCUCAGUACAGUUUGUAGUAUCUGUUUAGUUUGUAGGCUGAAUAGUCUAUGAUUUGGUCUCGUUGUCACAUUCACUUGGCAUGUAAGCUUCCUCAGUACCAUUCCUGCUGCAGGGUCUCAAGCUUUACACAGUCUCCUAAUGUUACCAUGACACUGAAGCAAUGAGAAGCCUCUAUCUUAAUUCUGGAACUGAAGCCUAAAAUGCUCAAUGGCAAAAUAUCCACUUGCCAUUUGUAGACAUGCCCUCCUUGACUGCUUACCUUUAAGCAUUUUGAUGCAAAGGAUAUUAGGGUUACCCAAUGCCAUAUUCUUCCUUUGCAUCUGGCCAUUUUAUUUGGCACAUUUAGAACUCCAAUUGCCAGUUUCAACUACAAUAGUUCAUUAAAUAACUGGGGUUUAUAAAAGUGCUUACUUACUGUUCAUCGGUUGAUUCAGUCAGUAAAAUCAAGUUGGGACUAUCAAUUGGUUUUAGGCCAUUAAAUCUUUUUUAUGAGCCAGAUUAAGGUGGUGUUUUAAGAAGUGGACUAGACUCCGAGAGACCAAGGUUCGAUUCCCUGCUCAGCCAUGAAAACUAUCUCUAUGACCUUGGGCAAGUCACACUCUCUCA